AUGUCACAGCAACAACUUCUUCCACAGGGUUAUUUAUCCAAUUUUCAUAAUAGAAUAAGGAAUGAGCAGGUCCCACUGUUUGUUACUGCUCAACCCGCCAGGGGUCAUAAAAGAGCUAAGGUAGUGAAUUAUGCUGAAUUUGAUCCCGAUAUCUUUGAUGAGUUUAACAAUAUGGGAAUGGAAGAUGAUGAUAUGGGCGAGAAAAAGGAUUCCACGAAUGGCGGAGGCACCCCAGGCAUGGGUUCGCCGGGGCAAACAGGAUCGAUGGGCGCCAAUGGUGAUGAAAAAGAUAGUAAAAUCAAUGGCGAAGGUAAUCCUGAUGCCAACGGUGGAAAUAACCAUGCGAAUCCAGAGGAACAUGCUCUUAAUAUAGCUCUUCCGGAUAUACAAGAGCAAGAUGACCGAUUAAGCAUCUUGAGAUACCCAAAGAUUAGGGAAACCUUUUUACAGAGUAAGAUUGCCACUCCAUAUAGGCUGGAUAUUCCUCCUACGUUGUCAACGGAUCAGCAAGAACCAAUCAUAAUUCCCAUCACUUUAAAUUUUGAGCAUGGUGGUCACCAAAUUAACGAUUUCUUUACUUGGAACAUUAAUGAUAGAUCUAUUACACCAGAUGAAUUUUCCACGAUAUACUGUAGAGAUCUGGAUUUCCCUAAUUCUACUGUAUUGCAUUCACAGAUUGUUUCCUCUAUAAAUGAACAGUUACAAGAAUACGAAACAGUAGCGGCAGUAAUGGUUCCUGAUUUACAGGUUAUUGUGAAUCUAACUUGUAGUUUAGAUAACAGACUUUACGAAGAUAACUUCCAGUGGAAUCUGAACGAUAAAUCGGUUUCUCCCGAAAAAUUUGCAGAGAUUGUGGUUCAAGACUUAGGGCUACCAAGAGAUUUUAUGCCAGCGAUUGCUCAUGCACACCAUGAAUACCUUCUUCGAGUAAAAAAGGAAUGGUUAGAAGGCCAUCUAAACCAAGAACACGUACCAAACGGUGCUGCCUUUGGAUAUUUGUCAGGUAUACGUUUAGAUGUCGAUGAACUAGGUGUCAGCUGGUGUCCUAAGGUCGAAGUACUUACCCAAGAAGAGAUUCAGAAACGUGAGAUUGAAAAGGAGAGAAAUUUGAGAAGAUUGAAGAGAGAAUCGGAUCGUAUGCACAGACGUGGAAGAAGAAGAGUAGACGAUUUGGAGACUACGAUGAGAAUAUGA